AUGGACCACGACGACGAUCUCGGCGACAUGGUAUUUACUCCCCCACUCUCGACACGCUCAAGUAGUCGCAAGCGCAGGGCAAGCCAAGCGCCGCAAGAGACCCUGCGACAGUUUUGGAACCAGUUCAACACCAAGUUUCCGGGAAGGGUCUAUACGGUGCUCCCGGACAACCCUUACGCACGAACCAAGGCGGAAAGGGUACCUAAAGGCGUGAUCCAAGGACAGAAUGCAGGCAAGUCUUACGAGGAAGCCCGAAAAGAAUGUCGACGAGCUGUCGAUCGCAUUGUAAAAGAAUGCGAGCGACUAAACCAGAAGUAUACGGACCCGCACUUCGACAUAGAAGUCGAUCUCAAGUCGGGGACAAGGAACUGUUUGGAUGAGCUUGAAGGUGAAAACAUCGAGAUGCGUCCAAGGGGCGUGAAAAGAGUAACUGAAAUUUUUGAGAAGCCACAAUUUUUCGUCAAUGGACCGACUGCUUCGGACGUACGCCAAGGUCGUGAUGGGGAUUGUUGGUUCAUGGCUGCCCUCUGUACGAUGGGUAAUAAGAAUGGCUUGAUCGAGCAGAUUUGCGUGGCCCGGAACGAGAAGGUUGGGGUGUACGGAUUCGUCUUCUAUCGAGAUGGUGAUUGGCAACAUUGUAUCGUAGAUGACAAGCUCUACCUACGAGCGGCCGACUACGAUGAGUCAGUCGAUGAACGACCAAUCUGGGACGACAUCAAUCGGGCUGACACAGAAGAAGAGUAUCGCAAGGUCUGGCAGACUGGAUCGCGAGCUCUUUACUUCGCUCGGUGUGUGGAUGAGAACGAAACUUGGUUGCCAUUACUUGAGAAAGCUUACGCUAAAGCACAUGGUGAUUUCUCGGCCAUUGAAGGCGGUUUUGUUGGGGAGGCUAUUGAAGAUCUAACUGGAGGCGUUACUUCGGAGAUUAUGUCGAGCGACAUCCUAGACAAAGAUAGGUUUUGGAAUGAGGAGCUCAUGCAAGUCAACAAAGAAUUCCUCUUUGGUUGUGGUACCGGUCUGUUCUCAAACUGGCUGGACCCGAAAUAUCGAGGCCCUCCGCGAGAUAGAAAGGGUAUCUCUGAGAAUCAUUCAUAUUCCAUCAUGGAUGCAAAAGAAAUCGAUGGAGAGCGCUUGCUUCGGCUAAGGAAUCCUUGGGGUAAGAAAGAAUGGACUGGCGCGUGGAGUGAUGGAUCAGAGCAAUGGACACCAGAAUGGAUGGAAAAAUUGGGCCACAAAUUUGGUAAUGAUGGCUUCUUCUGGAUCUCCUAUAACGACCUUCUCAAGAAGUACCAGCAUUUUGACCGAACCCGUCUAUUUGGUCCUGAAUGGUCUAUUGCACAGCAAUGGACUACCGUUAAUGUACCAUGGUCCGCAGGCUAUCACAGCACUAAGUUUGUGGUGAAUGUGACUAAAGCAGGCCCUGUGGUCCUUGUCCUCUCCCAGUUGGACUCGCGCUACUUCAAGGGACUAGCCGGUGAAUAUGGCUUUGUCCUUAAGUUUCGGGUGCAGAAGGAAGGUGAAGACGACUACAUGGUGCGCAGUCAGAACAGCCACUUGAUCAGUCGAUCCGUGAACGUGGAAGCUGAUCUCGAACCUGGUCGCUACCACAUCCUGAUGAAAGUCACUGCUUACAAAAACGAUAGUAUGGAAUCGACAGAGGAAGUCGUAAGCCGCCUGGCGCCAGUUAAACGAGAAAAGCUUGUUCAGAUCGGCCUCUCGUACGAUCUGGCACAUGCUAAAGGUAUGGUAACGGAGACGGAGGAUGAAAGGCGAGCACGCGAGGAACUAGAACAGCGUCGCAAGGCUGCAGAAAGGCAGAAACAGAUCGAGGCAACCAGGAAGAAGCUGCAGAAGCAAUGGAUCUGGAAUCAGAAGAUGGCCGCCCGGAAAAAUAGAAGAGAAGAAAGACUGUUUGCAAAACAACACAACAAUGCUGCUAGAAACAAGGCCAUCGAGCAAGCUCUCACUGAGGGGCCUGUACGAUCGCCGUCCCAGGCGGGUAACGGUUCAGGCGAUGGUGUUGAAACAAAGCCUGCCAGCAAUGGCAGUGUUCCCAUUAUCCAGUGCAACGGCGUCCAUGUCUCGGAGACCGAGAUCACUGGGAAGAGUGAGUCAUUACAGACGAAUUUAGAGUCAUCAUUCUCAAACCUCUCGUCACACCAGGAAGACCUGGACUUGCUGGAGGGCUUCGAGUUUGACCCUGACCUUGAUAUGCCCCCGGAAGAACCAGCAGAGCCGAGGAUGACACAUUCGACAUCCAAUGGCUGUCCAGAAGAGAUCACCAGCGACCCUUGGAACGCCGUGUGUGUCGUGGGCUUACGGGUCUACUCCAGGGAUCCGCAGUUGUCGCUUGAGGUGGUCCGGUCUGUAUCUGAGGGAGACACUGGUGCUUCGCUUGACAUGGAUGAUCCACUGAAAAGCGCUUCCUUUAGUCGGCUGGAAAGUAACUAA